UGGAGACCGUGAUUUGGAGACAUUGGCAAAUUAUUAAUACUCCGCCUAACGCAAAACAGAUCUUAGCGUCACAUACUUCUGACAUCAGGAGGCCUCGUGUAGUUCUCUUUCUCCAGCGGGUAUUAAAUUAAAUAAAGACACUAUUUCAUCUUAUUUGUAAAUAUCCACUAAAUGUAAGAGAUGGAUGUACCGGACAGUGCUCGCUGUGCCUGGAUGAAGGCUCUGCUGCUGCUGCUGCCUCUUUGUUUAUGGGAUUUGUGUUCCGCUCAGAUUUCGUACUCGGUUUCUGAGGAGGCCAAGAAGGGAACCGUUGUUGGAAAUUUAGCGAAGGAUCUUAAUCUCAAUGUGCAGGAACUGGAAUCGCGCAUGUUUCAGCUUGUGACUGGAUCUUACGCCAAGUAUUUCGAGGUAAAUCGGAAAACCGGGAUUUUAUUAGUUAAUGACAGAAUAGACAGAGAGGAGCUGUGUGAAAGCAAACAGAAAUGCGUAUUGAAUAUUGAAGCAAUGAUGCACAAUCCUCACAAGCUCUACCGGGUCGAAAUCAAUAUACUUGACAUUAAUGAUAACUCUCCCGUGUUUCCAGAUCAAAAACUUGUUUUAGAUAUUACUGAAAAUAUGCUUCCGGGGGAUCGAUUCCCUUUACAACCGGCUCGUGACGUGGACAUCAGCAGCAAUUCUGUGAAAAACUAUAAACUUAUCACAAAUGACUAUUUCUCACUGGAUGUAAGUGCUGAAAAACAGAGGGUUUCGACUGAGCUCGUGCUUCAGAAAGCUUUGGACCGAGAGAAAGAAUCGGUGAUCAAUCUCGUGCUCACUGCUGUAGACGGCGGGACUCCUCCCAGAUCCGGAACAAUGCAGAUAGUUGUUAAUGUACUGGAUAUUAAUGAUAACAGCCCUGUAUUUUCGAAACCUCUUUACAAAGUGAAGGUGCAAGAGAAUGUAAGUGUAGGAACUAAAAUUCUUUCCGUUUCCGCAACGGAUGCAGACGAGGGAAUUAACGGUGAAGUAUCUUACUCAAUUAUAAGUAAGGAGGAAGACUUCUUCUUCAUAAAUGUUAUUUCUGGGGACAUUAGUGUCAAAGGUAAUAUUGAUUAUGAGGAAAAUCCAGCUAUAGAACUGAGAAUUCAGGCUCAGGACAAAGGACAUUCUCCACGAAGAUCUACAUGUAAAGUGUUAAUUGAAGUAGUGGAUGUUAAUGACAAUGCACCAGAGAUAUCAGUUACUCUGUUCAUGAGCUCCGUAAGCGAGGACAUCAAACCUGGCACAGAUAUAGCAUUAAUCACCGUAUCAGAUAAAGACAGUGGAACGAACGGUAAAGUAAACUGUAAACUUCUAGCUCCGAGUCCUUUUAAAUUACAGCUAUCAUAUAAAAACUCUUACGCUCUUGUUGUGAAUGAAGCUCUGGACAGAGAGCGGGUCUCACAAUAUAAUUUGACAGUUGUAGCUAAUGAUGAGGGAACUCCUUCCCUCUCCAGCAGUAACGUUAUAACGGUUCAUGUGUCUGAUGUGAAUGAUAACGCGCCUUUAUUUACUGCACCGGUGAUAAAUAUUAGCGUGAGAGAGAAUAGUCCAGUUGGAGGGCUGAUGACGUCAUUAACGGCUCGCGACUCAGACGUCGGUGAAAACGCGAUUGUUUCUUAUUCAUUAAGUGAUACAGAGAGCAGCAGAGUGUCAAAUCUGAUGAACAUUAACUCACACACCGGUGAACUGUACAGCCUGAAGUCUUUCGAUUACGAAGAAACGAAACGACUUCGGUUUCAAGUUCAAGCCACUGACUCUGGUGUUCCUCCGCUAAGUAGUAACGUGACUGUGAACGUUUUUAUCCUGGAUGAGAAUGACAACAGUCCAGUUUUUCUCCCUCCUUAUUCUGAACCCGGAUCAGUAAACAGUGAGAACAUUCCCUACUCUGCUGAAGCGGGGUAUUUUGUGGCUAAAGUCAGAGCUGUAGAUGCUGAUUCAGGUUAUAAUGCACUAUUAUCAUAUCACAUAACCGAAUCAAAAGGAACGAAUCUUUUCCGAAUCGGAACCAGCACCGGAGAAAUAAGGACUAAAAGACGAAUGAGUGACAACGACUUAAAAGCUCACCCGCUUAUCAUUACUGUCUCGGAUAACGGAGAACCUUCACUGUCCACAACUAUGAGUAUUGAAGUUGUGGUUGUGGAAAAUAUGGACAGUCUGCAGCCUUCACUAAGACAAGUGCCAGUAAAGGAGGAGAAUUUUUCUAAACUGAAUCUCUAUCUGCUCAUCGCUAUUGUCUCAGUGUCCGUGAUAUUUUUACUGAGCCUCAUCGCUUUAAUAGCAGCUAAAUGCUACGGGACAGACGGCGGUUUCAGCAGGUCCAGCGCUCCAGUGGUCACUACACACCCUGACGGGAGCUGGUCUUACUCCAAAUCCACUCAGCAGUAUGAUGUGUGUUUUAGUUCAGACACACUGAAGAGUGACGUAGUAGUUUUCCCCUCGCCGUUUCCGCCUGCAGACGCAGAACUGAUCAGCAUUAAUGGAGGAGACACUUUUACUAGAAAUCAAACUCUUCCCAGCACUGGGAAGGUAAGAUUAUACUUAAUUUAG